AGCGCCAUCACACGGAGACUAUACCUAACUGUACCUUACAACUCUAUAUUUAUGAGUGAUGGCUAGAAAUAUUUACAAAUGUAUCCGGUGAAGAAUAUAAUAGAAAAUUUAAUAAGAGAUUGAGUCAAGCCCAUGGAAUUUUCUGAAAUGUUUCUGUAAUUGUUCUUGUUAAGAUCGAAUUAUGGCAGACAUCACUUUGACGAGCGAGCAAACGAAAUUUUUAGAAGAAUGCGAAGAGGAGUUUAAAAAUCGCUACACAGAAGAAGAUAAUGAUUUCAUGAAGAUUAAAACACCGGAGCCAAAGAAACCACCAAUUGUGGAUCCCUGGUACAAUAAACCGCGUAGACACGACUGGUCACGUCAGCACCAACAUCAGAAUCAUGGUAGACGUAAUCAUCAUUGGGAUCGUCAUAAUAAUGAGAGAAAUGAAAAAUUGGAACGACACGCUGGUAAACAUUUCAUGCAUCAUCGGCAAAAGAUGUAUUAAGACACAAUAGAUAUUGAUGCAAGCACAGGGAUUUGAAUAACAUGUGGGAAUUGAACUUACAGUUCUCAUUAUUUAUACAUAUUUCUGAUUAAUGGAUGAUAAAGCACUUUUUUUUUCUAUAUAUGAGAAAUAAGUUUUACAUCAGGGUGAUUUAAUAAUGAAUAAUUUUAGAUUUU